AUGGAUGAGGAGGAAAAAUCAAAAAGCAUAAAUUUUGUAAAAAAACACGGAACCUAUAAAAAUCAAAAGGGGUCUUGGUCUGAAUAUUACCUAUGUUUACGAGAAGGUAGCAAGCAAGUAAGGAAUGAUCAUGUAGAAGGUGGUUCUUCGCAAAAAAAAAGGCGUAUACAAAAAGAGUCAAAAAAGGUUGGGUGCAAAUGCGCCCUGCGUAUUCAAUAUCAGCCUUCUUCUUUUAAUGAACUCGUAAUUGUUUAUUAUUGGUAUAAACACAAUGGUCAUGUUCCCAGUAGUCACAGUGAUAUUAGAUAUCUCAAAAAAUCAAAAGAAAUUAUUGCUGAAAUUAGGAAUGGUCACGGCAUUCCAUUAGUAUGGUUAUUAACAGAGUCACAAGACUCUGAAACAAUUAAGAUAUGGUUUCGUGCUCUGAAAGAAGACGGGUGGGUAGAUCCGGUGAAUGUGAUUUUAGACAAUGAUGAUGCUGAAAUUAAUGCGAUUAGGGAUAUUUUCACUACAUCAAACAUUUUUUUAUAUAAUGCCCUCAUUGAAUUUGAAAAAAAAUGGCAAUGUACACCUGCGAUACAAUACUUUAAUACUCAAUAUCGACGAAAAAAAGAAUGUUAUCGCCGUAAUCAAGUUCUUGGAACCAACACAAACAAUUACAUAGAAGCGUAUCAUAAAAAAAUCAAAUAUUUCUACCUUAUGACCCGACUUAAUCGAAGGAUUGAUUUUCUUAUUAAUGAAUUAGUAACGAAAAUAUUACCUGAUUAUCAUCAACAAACGAUUCAACGUGAAUUAGGUGUUGGAAGAAUGAGUUCGCACCACAAAGCUUGGCGACAAUUUGAAUUAAAUUCUAUUGGUAUUGAUAAUAGUUCAGUUUUUCGUUUGGACAUAUCUACUUAUAUUAUCAAAUCAAGUCAGGAUGAGAAUGAUUAUACAAUUGAGCAAACAGGAGAUAACGCGUUAACCCUUGUCUGUAAUUGUGAAGCAUAUUUAGGAAACCCAGUGCCUUGCAAACAUAUAUUUGUUGUUGCACGUAAAUACAACAUUCAAAUUCCAGAGCAAAUUACUUAUUUACCUAUAAAUGGAGACGAAGAACAAAAGAUUACUAACAAUACAGUUAUUAGGAAUCAAGAAAAUAGCUUUAAAAGACGGAUUGAAAAAAUAAAUCAUGACAUUACCCAGCAGUUAGAGCAUUUUGACAUUGUUCGUCAGAAGAUAGAUCUGAAUAGCAUACCUUUAGAUAAAAGAGAAAAUGUUGUUAAUAAGUUAGAAGAAAUAUAUAGAGGUCGGAUUUUACCAAAUAUGGAAAUCGAUCUACAACAUAAAACAGCCG